AUGGAAAACGAUCGCAAACAAUACUGGCUCAAAGAGCAGGAGAAAAUUCCCAAUACUCUGCGGAAGUAUUGGAAUCCCAACUUACUGCGCAAGAACACGAAGGAGACCUUAGAGGAAUCGAUCCAGCCACAGACGUCUGUGGAGAAGAAACGCAAUUGUGUCUCGAAGACGAGCGAAGACAGUAUGGCAAUUUGCGAUAGGCCCUCAAAGACGAACGCGAAGUGCCAGUCUGAAUCAAUCUUGCUUCCACGCGAAAAGAUGCUUCUAUUACUUGAGCAACGCAUUCGAAUCAAACUCAAAAGCGCAGAAAAGGACGUAAAAACGACAGCGAAAGCCGUAGAACAUCUAUUGUUCAAGACAGCUUCAACACCAAAAGUCUACGAAGAUUUGGAAACCUUGGAUAAGCGGCUGUAUGCAAUACUCGCGGCGCUUAUGAAACGCAAGGUACGAAAGAUCUCGCGGGAGCAAGAUCGAACAGUCAUAUUGAAACAUCGCCUAGGAAUAAAAACUUUUGAGGCGGUACAGGUGAUACUCAGGGAGAUUCAGCUCUUACGCCUUGGUCGCGUCGCUCUUGGCUGCAACAAGUUAUCUUGCAACUCGCAGACUAAGAAAGAUUUACUCAGUUGGCCUGUCAGCAAAGUUGAUCUACCUAAAGGAGAGAAGCUUCCUCAGGCAGUCAAGAACAUAUUUUUCAAAAACGAGCUGACAAAGGCGUGGCAAACGACUCAGGCUGUGUCCCUUGCAAACCACAAUUGGGAAGAACUGGUUGCAAGUACAGAAAAAGACAUAGAGGCGUAUAAGAGCUGGGCCUCUGCGAGCCUUUCGUAG